ACUGCUUUCCAUUUCGUUCUAUACACAAUUCAUUGCACGAAUUAGGAACAAUCAUCGCCUUUCAGAAAUCCAUGAAAAGAUAAGCCGCACACAAGUCGCACGCGACAUGAGAUCGACUCGAGGCCAAUGAGAUUGGUAUCACAAUUACAUCCCAGAAUGACGCUGCGUACUCGAGACGGGUUCGCCUAUCAUUAGCUUACAUAACGACAGAUUAGUACGAGUGCUUGUAUAAAUCAUUGCGUAAAAACUCGUGGAAACUUUUAGUCCGUGGCGAAAAAGAAGAUCCCUGAAGUUCGCGGAUCAGGUGGAGACUGAUCCUUAAACGAUCUCUCCCAACAAAACGUCCUCGUUGUCUCUAUGAUGACUGAGGGAACGUCAAAUUAAGCAUGGCGGAGAAAUGUGCAAGCACCAAUGACGGAGAUUGUCCACCAGUGAAGAAAGUCAAAUUGGACGAUGGAAGCAGCAAUGUAGUUGAGAACAAUUUGGGCGAGAAUGAUAUGAGUGAGACAGAACUGAAUCUAUCAGAUUUCAAAGUGACUAGAGUGCUGCAGAAUAACUGUGCUCGAAAGUUGAUAUGCAUGGAAGGGACAUUUGAGAAUCGCGAGGGUCAGGCGGUCGUUCUGCUUGAGCAAAAGAGUUUUCCUCAUGACAAGGUGCUCUUGGAGAAAGAUUUCUUCGAUGGAAAGACGACCUUUCGAAAGAUAUUCACCAAUGAUGUCUACAGAAAUUACAAUUGUUUUCCGACCGAGGAAAAUAAUGGUCUACAUGUGACUGUGAUAUACCCUGCUUCUCAAACACACAUCGAUAAAUAUAAAAGACAAGAAUUGUAUGUAAUAGAUGAAACCUAUGAACUUUAUCAGCAGGUCACUCUCCCUUACAUUGAGUCAAUGAGUCUGAGUUUGGAGUGGAUUACUAAUAUUUUGGAACACAAAGCUGAACAAGAAAGUAUUAUUUAUGAGGAUCCUGACAAGGAUAAUGGUUUUGUAUUAGUAACAGAUUUUAAAUGGGAUAGACAGAUGGAUACAUUAAAGUUAUUGGCAUUGCCAUUUAAAAAAAUAAGAUCAUUGCGAGAGUUGAAUGGAUCUCAUCUUCCUUUAUUAAAAAAUAUACGAGAUGCUGGAACGGCAGCGAUUAGUAAAAAGUUUAACAUACCUGUGUCUCAGCUUAGAAUAUAUUUCCAUUAUCAGCCAUCAUACUAUUACCUACAUGUGCAUUUCUGCUAUCUUAUGUUUGAGGCACCAGGAAUAUAUGUGGAAAAAGCGCAUCUUUUAUCAACAGUUAUAAGAAAUUUGGAACUAAUGUCGGACUAUUACACGAAAGCACUACUUUCGUAUGUCGUGUUUAAGGGAAGUCCACUUUAUGAAAAGUUUAAAUCGCAUGGAGCUUUACAAACGUCAACGUGUGAAACACAAGAAACUGUAAAUAUAGUGUAAAUAAGACCGCUUUACUUCCAGAAAACGUAAGUUAUAUUUUACGUUUGUAUACAACAAAAAAUUGAUACGUAUUCUGUUUACUGUUUAAAAAUAAGAAAAGACAAUCAUAA